UGAAGUUCCAACAUAGGUUUCAUUCUCAAAUCUCUUCUUUCAUGCCGGUGCUGCCUCAUUUUCUUGUUCCUGUAAAGGUAAUCUGGGUUGAACUUAAUCUUCUCUUCUGCAAUUCAUUUUUCCUGUUUUGAGUUGUUUUGUUGGUUCCUUUUGGUUUUCUGCAAUUAGGUUGUUAUGGAUGGAACGGAUGAUAUUGACCGCAUUAGUAGUCUGCCCGAGUCUCUUCUUCUUCAUAUCCUUUCUUUUCCUCCAGCAAAACAUGUCGUGAGAACAGCUCUUAUCGCUCUUUUGGGCUUUUCUCCCUAUCCUUUCAUUCAAUUUUUGUUCAUACCAUAACUGUGAAACUUAAGCAUAUGACGAUGGCCCUGAAUACAAUGAGAAUUUCUUGGAUUUUGUCUAUAAUCUGUUGCUUCUUCAUCAGAGUAACACUAUCGAUAAGUUCCAUCUCAAUCUGGAGCUUAGCUUUUGUCAUACAAUGGAUGAGGGUACAUGUUCCAAUCCUGAUCAUCAAGAGUUUGUUGUUAAGGAAAAGAGGAUGGCAGGUGCAGUAACUACUUUGGUUCUUUCUGCAAUGAGGAAAAAUGUCAAAGUUCUUCAUCUUGACUUUGUUGGAUAUGGUCCCGCUGAGCCUAAUGCUAGUUACAGAUUACCUAAGGAUGUUUACUCAAGAGGUGAAUGUUUAAGGGAACUGAAAUUAACUGCUUGUGAGAUCAAUUCCAGAGCGCAGAUUCAACUCAGGUCACUUAAAAAGUUGUUGCUAGACCAGGUUCUUCAGGAUGACAACAUAAUGGAUCGAAUCUUAUCUGGGUGCUCUGUGCUUGAAGAAUUGUCUUUGCUAGAUUGUCACGGUCUUAGCAGACAGGCUUUUAGGAAUCCUAGUAGUAAGAGUUUGGCGGUUAAAAUUUGGUAUGAGCGUCAAAGGCUUGAAAUCUCAUGUCCAAAUAUUGUAUCCUUAGACCUAUCUGGGGAAAUAGAUUAUGUGGAUUUAGUUGAUGUAUCUUCUGUUGCUUGUGACUCCCUUUUCUAUGAUACUUUUAGCACAUCUUCAUUCUGUGAUCUUGUUUAUAGUUUUCCAUCUGUCUGUUCUAAGGCAUUCAACACAUUGCAGCCUGCAAAUCUAUCCUUUGAGUGGAAGUAUCUAGAGCUUAAACUUAUUCAGAUGAAAUGGCACCAUCCUGUGAUCUCCUACUUAUUGAGAAGUUCUCCAUUAUUGGAAACACUUGACUUGUACAUUUGCCCUAAAUGGCCUGAUAAAGUCAAGUAUGAAGCACCGUUUGGAGAAUAUCUUUAUAACAUGUUGCAAGAACAAUAUCAUGAUAAUGGAGGAUUUUGGAGUUCACAAGAGGGUACUUUUCAUUGUCUAGAGCACCACCUCAAGACUGUAAGGAUAUGUGGUGAUGUAAGAGAACUAUAUGUGAUUCAAUUCAUAGAAUUUCUGCUCAAGAAUGCAUUAGUCUUGGAGAAACUGAUGAUUUCCACCAAGAAGACUUUUCAGCCAACUCAACUGCAUGCUUUUUCCCGUGCUAUUGCUCAUCCAAAGGAUGUUUUCUCUACAGAGAAAUGGCUUGAGGUCUUCCAAAAGUUAUGCAGUUUACCAAGAGCUUCCAGAAGUGCAGUGAUCCUUUUCUAUUAAUAAGUAUUGACUGGACUUCUCAUAUCAUCUGACUUUAUUUGCACCAUCUUGCUUUUGGUAGUCUGAACUUCACCAUUUUCUAACCUUCUCUGAUAAUAUAAUUGUGAUUUUGGAUUCCUA